AUGGCCGACGUCUUUGAUGGAUUCGGUGAAGGCCGCAUCGGCUCUCCCCGAUCGCCUACCCGUCCACACAGCAUGCGGCGUCGCCAGAGCAUGCAAGUCCUUGAGCUCGAGUCUCGCGUCGAACAAUUGAUGGCCGAGAACCGGAUGCUCACAGACUCCCGAUCCCACACCGAUACCCAGAACAAAAACAGAGACUCUGGCAUUCUGGCAGAGCGCGAUGCCGAAAUCGACGUCCUCAAGCAAUCGCUCGAGUUUCUACAAAAGGAGGUUGCCCGAUUGACAGAGCGUUACCGAUCAUUGGAGACCCAGCACUCUGACGCCUCGCGGCAAUUGGAGCAAGCGCGCACCGAGCAUAACCACUUCCAGGAGUCACUGCUGCAAAAGGAUGCAGAAAUUGGCCGCCUGCGCUCCGAACUCGACGCGGCCAAGGAUAAGAUCCGACAGAUGCAGCGCCAGAUCCUGGCAUCCAAGGGCGCUGACAGCGACUUCCUCAACGUCAAGGACGUCGAUCACUUUGACCACAGAUGUCAGCAGCUCUGCUCCCACGUACAGCAGUGGGUUCUGCGCUUCUCCAAGUUCUCCGACAUGCGCGCCUGUCGCAAGACAAACGAGAUCAAUGACGAAAAGGUCAUUGACCGUCUCGACAACGCCAUCCUGGAUGGCACCGACGUGGACACUUAUCUCGGCGACCGUGUCAGGCGCCGAGAUGUAUUCAUGUCCAUGACGAUGAACAUGAUUUGGGAGUUCGUGUUCACUCGUUACCUCUUUGGCAUGGACCGCGAGCAGCGACAAAAGCUCAAGUCGCUAGAAAAGCUGCUUACCGAGGUUGGCCCUCCCCCGGCCGUCCGACAAUGGCGCGCCGUCACCCUGACGUUGCUCUCCAAGCGCCCCAGCUUCAAGCACCAGCGCGACCUCGACACCGAGGCCGUGGUCCAGGCCAUCUUCCAAACGCUGUCCAGGGUCCUCCCUCCCCCUUCCAACCUGGAGGACCAGAUCCAAUCACAGCUGCGCCGCGUGAUGCGGGAGGCCGUCGACCUCUCCAUCGAAAUGCGCACCCAGCGUGCCGAGUACAUGAUGCUCCCGCCGCUGCAACCAGAGUACGACGCCGACGGCGAGCUCGCCGACACGGUCACGUUCAACGCGGCGCUCAUGAACGAGCGUAGCGCCGACAAGUCGGCUACCAACGAGGCCCUCGAGGCCCAGAGCGCCGUCGUGCGCAUCGUACUGUUCCCGCUCGUCGUCAAGAAGGGUGACGACGGCGGCAACAAUGACGACGAGAUUGUUGUGUGUCCUGCCCAGGUACUGGUGGCUCGGUCCAAGGGCAAGUCCGUUAGGCUGUUUACGCCCGGAAGCGACGCUGGCGGUGCGUCGCUCAGCGGGCAGACGGCGGCCACGCGCAGCGAUCUCAGCAUGGGUACUUUCUUGCCUGAUCAAGCCUCCAACUUGCGGUAA